AUGAGUGUACUGCAUGCCAAGCCUGCGCCCUCGAUCUUGUUGCUCCGAUUCCUCCGAAGCCCGCUGCACGCGCCCGAAACGCCGAUAUGCCAGUUGAGGCACGUCUCCUCCGCCCACCGAUGCUUGCGAGCGCCUACGACGCAGGCAGCAUGUAGAAGGUCAUCGAGCCUCGCGAGUCCAGAUCAAUCGACAUGGUCAACAUCACCGUCACCUCCGAACCGACAGACGAUCACAAAUCACGACAGAACAUGCAGACGUGCCUUCAGCGUCUCGAGCCAGCGCGGCGCAGAAGCGUUCUGGCGCCGCCUGCGACCAGCACGAAACAAUGCCAACUCAGCGAGACCUGACGACCUGCCGCCUUUGCCCGGCUUCCUGGAUGACAACUCUGGGCUGGGCGGCCGCAUCAUCAAGCCCAGCAACGAGCUCAAGCUGCGCUGCACCGAGUUCGACGAGCAUGGGAAUGUGACACUGGUCAACGGCGAGUUCCGCAAGAGCGAGCUCAUUGCGAGAUAUUCACUCAUGCCGCGUGACUUGCGAAAGAUCGACAGCAGUGUGCUGCCGCACAUUCUGGUCAGACCGUCGGCCAUCCUGGUCAGCCUGCUGCAUCUGCGAUGUCUGAUCAAGCACAAUCGCGUACUGGUCUUCGAUGUCUACGGUUCCACCGACUCGUAUGCACAGAGCCUGUUCAUGUACGAUCUGGAAGGCAAGCUGCGGCAGAAGCAGAAUGCCAGUGCUGCUGGCAACCUGCCUUAUGAGUUUCGCGCGCUGGAAGCUGUCCUGAUCAGCGUGACCACCGCGCUCGAGAGCGAGUUUGAGGGUGUUCGGGAACCGGUCGUACGUGUGCUGAGGGAGCUCGAAGAAGAUAUCGACCGAGACAAGCUGCGCUACCUGCUCGUCUACUCCAAGAAAUUGGGCACUUUCGAGCAGAAGGCACGUCUUAUCCGCGACGCCAUCGACGACCUGCUCGAAGCCGAUGACGACCUGGACGCCAUGUACCUCACGGAGAAAGCGCAGGGCAUCGAACGAGAAGAGGACAACCACGAAGAAGUCGAGCUGCUGCUGGAGUCAUACCACAAGGUGGCAGAUGAAAUAGUGCAAAUCUCCUCAAACCUCGUCUCGGCCAUCCGCAAUACGGAAGAGAUCGUACGCGCCAUCCUCGACGCCAACCGCAAUAGUCUGAUGCUACUCGACCUGAAGUUUAGUAUCGGCACUCUCGGCCUCACAGCAGGCAUGUUCAUCGCCGCCUUGUACGGUAUGAACCUCGAAAACUUCAUCGAAGAGUCCAGUUACGGCUUCUUUGGCAUUUCAGGCCUGUGUGGCGUACUCACGGGAAUAGCAUGUAUCAUUGGCUUCAGGAGACUGCGCAAAGUUCAAAGGCUCUCGAUGUGGGGCGAGGGUGGCCUCAACAAGGGUCAGAAGGAUCGUAGCGCGAGAGGCAGCUGGCGAGAGGUUGAAUCUCCUUCUGGCACGAACAUUGCUGAUGCAGGUGACAAGUCGCUGGGCGAAACUGUCGCUGGCAUCCGUCGCGCUGAUCGCUUGAAGUACUGGAAGAACUCCCAGAAUGAGCGUAUCAAGAUGUCACAGGACGAAUUGCCAAAGACACGAUCAUCUUCACCCUUCGGACCACUCAGAUGA